AUGAUAAGGUUGAGGAAUAUUAUUGGAUCUGCUCUUCAUAUUCAGACAUCCUUAUUUAGGUUUUCAACCCAAGCUCCCCAACCGCCUAAUGAUUAAUCCAAUAAAAAGGUGUUAUUCUCUGGCAAGAGUGCUGAUAAACCAAAAAAAUAACAUUAAAAAUCAGAAUAGAGACACUAAUAAUAACAAAAAAAGGAGGGAAAUGAAAAUUAGUAGCAUGAAUAGAGUUCUCCACAGAAGAAAUAGGAAAGACAUUUCGAUAGAUAAUAAUUCCAUAAAUAAAAAGUUGAUGAGCCUCGAUCUUUUAGAGGGGAUAGAGAUCGCAGAUCACCAGAUCAAUAAUAAUAAUAAGAAACUCCUAAAAAAACAGGAAUAUUAUUUGGGAAUAAAAGCAAAGAUAUAAAAUAAAUAGGAGCUAAAUUUUUAACCAAAAGAGUUUUCAAUUAAAUUCUGAAGAAAAAGCAAGAGACAGAAAAACAGAGUGAAAAAAUAUUUAUAGAUAAACUGAAUGAAGCAUAAAAUAUACAAAACAUUCAUGAAAGAAAUUCAAAAUUAAUUGAUCUUUAUGCAAGUCAAAGUAAAUGGGAUAAAGUUAAGGAUAUAUUUAAAUCAGAAAAGUAAUUUAAUUCUGGUGUCUAUUCUGCUUACAUAAAUUAGGCAGCUUCUCAAUUUGUUGACCUUGCAGACUACGAAGAACUCAAAGCACUUAUAGACAAAGUUGGCGAUAGAGUUCACACUCUCCAACCAGAAGCAUUUCAAUCUCUUUACUAUAUGAUUUUCAACCUUGAUUUAUUUCCAAAUGAAAAAGUAUACAAUCUUAAUAAUACUCACUUUAGGCUAUCGAAUUGGAGCAUCUUAUCAAUUUAGUGACAACUCAUCACUUAACUCCCUAAUUUGAUUUAACAUACUUCUAAACUCUUUUUGAAGAACAGUCAAUAGAGAAUGAAAAAACAAGCCAUCUGAAGGUCAUUAAAGUUUUCAAUCAAUAUUUUGAAAGACAUGUUUAAUAGAACAAAGGUAAAUCAACAGUGGAUUUACCAAAUCUUAACACUGCAUUUGCAGUGGCAGUCAGAUCAACAAUACUUUACAAUACAAGUGAUGCUUAGAAUUUCCUCAACAACCUAAAAGCUUCUCAAUAACUGGCUGAAAAUAAUGUCAAGUUAGAUGAUUUAGUUAGAUAUGCACAAUAGUAAGUUAUAUUUUAAUGUUAGUAUUUCCUUAAAAGAGAAUUCCUUCACCUAAUUAUUGGAGUUAUUCAAAGGAAUCAGAAAUUCUAAUUUUAUAUUCUUAUUUGAAGAAGCAUUAAAGAAAUUAGACACAAAUGGUAAGGAAGUCCUGGCCAUUAGUAAGGAAUAAUUGGAAAAGCUCUAUUUUGAAAAAGCAGAGAACUUACCUGUUAGACAAGCUGAACUUUUUGGUUUAUUUGCAGAUCGAUUCCAAUAUCCUGAAUUGGCAGUUGAGAUCUUUUAGAACCAUAAAUAAAAUAAGUAAAACGAAUAUUCAAGUUUCUUAUAUCAAAAAGCUAUUGGAGUUUUAAUAGAUUAAUCAGGAGCAAAACAUAUAAGCAAUGCAGUGGUAAAAUAUUGAUUAAAAAACUUAAGAUGACACUCAUGCAAGAGGCCAAUAGUUUCAAGGUUCCUUUAUCCAAAGUUAAUUAUUAAAUCAAUCAGUGCAAAGCUCAUAUUAAGGAAGGGCAAUACUAGUUGGCAUACAAUCUCUUUACAUAAAAUGUCAUAGAUGAUAUAAUUUUGGCAUUUUAAAAGUAUUUAUAUAUUAUAAACAAUUUUAGAGAGAGAAUCAGAAGAUUUUUGUAUAAAUAUGUUCAAAAAAUUCACAUUGGUACAAAAUUCAGAUUAAAGUCUAAUAUGAAAACAUAUUUCAAGAAAAUUAAGCAUGUGGAUGACUUUGUUCAAAGUCUAUCAGAUAAAUAAUUGUUUGAUUUAUAUAAGGAGGAGAGAUCAGAUAAUUUCUUAUUGGAAUGUUUAAUUCAGUAAGAGGAUGUGUUCGAAUUUAAUAAGUCGAUUGCAUAUAGAGAGGCAUUUAAUUAGAUUAAGACAGAGGUAGCACAUGGCUUAUUUGACUCUUAAAAAUUGUAAUUCCUAUUCGUAAGUUGAUUAGAUUGAAACCAGUCACAGAGAGUGAACAAAUUCUGAGAGAAGUGUUUGACAAUUAUGAAUAUUAUGUUAAACUAGAAAAGAAAUUGUUGUUUGAUGAGAGAAAGAAGAAGAGAGUUUAGCAAGUGAUGGAUUAACUCAGAUAAAGACCUGGUUAGAGAAGAACAUAUGAGUAGACCCUUGCUGAAAUGGAGGGACUUUUUAAGAAAAGUACUAUUGAAUAUGGUCUGAUGAGAAAUGAUUUGAUUGAAUUUCCAGAAGUAGAAUAGAUCUAGUAAAUGUAAAUAAGUAAGAAUUCUAAUUGAUUUAUGUAGAAAUGAAGAAACAAUUAACAUAAUUAGGUUUGCCUAUUGAAAAAUACAAGGCAAACAUAGUAACAUUCUAACCUUUGUAAGUUAAUUCAUAGAAAGAAUAAGAAGUUAUUGAAUAAAUUCCAAAUGAAGUUCUCAAGAACGAUGGCGAAAAUACAAAGUAAAGAGGAAAAUCCUAAAAAAAUGCUACAUUCAAAAAUGUUGACAAAAUAAUUGAUGAUCAUUUGGCCAAAGCCAGAGAUGAUUAAAAGAAUUUAAGAAAUAUUGAUAAAUGGAGAAGAUAUCUUAAAACUAUGUAAAAAGGUGCAUAAUUUAAACACAAAAUGCAAACUGAUAAGAAUUUCUUAAAAAAAAUGAUUCGUUCAACAUAUUAACACGGGAUUACAGAAUAUUCUAUGAGAGAGUUGGUAAACCUUAAAUUAAAAAAAAAAAUGCUGAGGCCUAGAAGAAGAUAAUAGAUUAGAAAUAGAUUAAGAGAGAAACCCGCUAAAUUAUCAGUAUUUAUCAAUGGAAGGGUUUCAUAAAGUGACUUCUAAUUUAUGAAGUACAUUUAUUACAAUGUUUAUACCUAAUAUGAUGAAUACAUCAAUGUGCCUCCGAGCAAUUAUCAAAAUGAGAUUUGGGAUUUACUGGCCUGGGGUGUAUAACACUAAGAACCGAUGGGUAUUGAAUUAAAUUAACCACUUUAGCUGUGAAAUUAGGAGAAUUGUAUAGUAAUACUUGUGGUGCUAAAAUGCCUGAAUAUCUAGCAAAGUUGGUGGCCAACUUUUAUAAAUGUGAAGUUGCAGAAACUAGUAAUCAAUACGUUUACAGUAUAUCUAGAUUCCGAAAUUCGAUAGAGGUGGAUUUAGUCAUUGGAAAUCGUUAAUGACAUUAGUACUCAUAAAGUGUAUUCACAUACAAAUGAUCAAGCAUUUGUGUCACUCUCAGAUAUCGAGUUCUUACAUGCAUUUGAAUGCAAAUAGGAAUACAAGGGAAUAUGUAGAGCAUUAUUAAGUACAACUCAUUCCUAUCGUAAACAUGUGAGAUAUGGUGUAUCAUAAAAAGAAUUGUUAGUGUGAUUUAAUAGGAGAUAUAUU